AUGUUUGCAGCAAGAGAUCAGGAGAAUCUGGUUCACGCGCAUAACACUACGGCUGCUAGCAAGCCACUGAACCAGGGAAUCCGGGCGCUGCAUCCCAAGACACCUGGGCCGGCGAAGACGCCGUUCAGAAGAGCUCUGAAUGACGAGAACAAACCCCUGACGCUCAAAGGCCAGAAGACUGUACACAAAGAUGGACCGAGCAAGCUCGAUAAGAAUGCUUUUGUCACGCCAGCGCCGAACAGAGCCCCCUUGGGCAUGAAAACAACAAAUGCGAAGGGAAAUGCAUUGAAGACUCCGGCGCCGCAGCAAAGCGCGAAGCCCGAGAAAUCCAUCAAGAAGCCGUCGACUGCUCGGCGAUCCGCCAAAAGCAAGAUCGUCGUAGCUCCCACCGAGCCUGUUCAUGCAGAUGUCUUGACCCAGGAGGCGGAAGAUGAUGAUGAACCAGAGUAUGGAUACGCUCCACCGCCAAUCGUCGAGUUGCCAGAUCCUCCUAUGGAAUUCGGAUAUAAUCAAGACUUCCCCCAAUUCCAGGGUAAGAACAUGUUUAAGGGGUAUGGCGAGAUAUAUUGCACAUCUCCUACCGACGAGAAUGGCAUGUCGUUGCGGAAGAAGGCCGAGGAAGAGACGCGCAAGCAGUGGAUUGAAGAAAUGGAGAGAGAAGCUUCUAAACCGCCGCCGAUGCCAUCGUUGCCCACGGAAGAAGAGCUAGAUGCCCAAGUUGACGCCAUGAUCCUGGCUGGGCCAAAGCAAUCGAGAGUUAACACAGUCAAAGCCAGAUCGGCGGCAGCAGCUCUGUCAAAGCCUACUGCGUCACUCCCGUCAGCAGCCAUGAAAGAGACCAAAGCAUCAGAGCAAAAGCGAAAACCGCUGGACUCUGUCGGUGCGCCCAGUGUCGGCCGUCGGACACCCUUAGCCGUAUCAAAGGGCACAAUUGGCUUUCCCAAGGCUAAACCUGCAGCGUCAAUCAUUCCGAAGGCCGAUCAGCUUCGACAGAAGAAGACAGCACAGAAGCCCAAGGUUGACCAGUCUCAGAUCCACCCGAAGGAGUUCGUGCGACUGUACGGUCAGCCUCCUGAAGAGAGCAAGAUGUGGUUUCGGCUGAAGGAGUUUGAGCUACUUGAGCGGGAGGUUGAAGGUGCCGAGCUUGCCGACGAACUCUUUGACACCGACUUCUUCACUUCGGGCUCGAAUGAUGCGGUGGACGAUGACGACGAUGUUUUCCAGUUGCCCAUGCCCGAAUGA